CUCUAAGCGAGUUCCGGUUCUCAGUUACUGCAACAUUUAUUUUCCACUGAAAAGGAGGAAAAAUAAAAAAUAAAAUAAUUAAUGGCAACCGAGCUUCAAUUGCCACCUGGAUUCAGAUUCCACCCAACUGACGAGGAGCUCGUGAUGCAUUACCUCUGCCGGAAAUGCGCGUCGCAGCAAAUCGCCGUUCCGAUCAUCGCCGAAGUUGACCUUUACAAGUACGAUCCAUGGGACCUUCCAGGAAUGGCCUUGUAUGGAGAGAAGGAGUGGUACUUCUUUUCACCGCGGGACCGGAAAUACCCGAACGGUUCGAGGCCGAACCGGGCGGCUGGAACCGGUUACUGGAAGGCAACCGGAGCGGAUAAACCGAUUGGUCAUCCUAAACCGGUUGGAAUCAAGAAAGCUUUAGUGUUCUACGCAGGGAAAGCGCCCAAAGGAGUGAAAACAAACUGGAUCAUGCACGAGUAUCGUCUGGCCGACGUGGAUCGCUCCGUUCGUAAAAAGAACAGUUUAAGGCUGGAUGAUUGGGUGCUUUGUCGCAUUUACAACAAGAAAGGCACCGUUGAGAAACAACCGAGUAGUAUCUGCAAAACCGAAUCCUCAGGAAUGGAGGAUAAGAAGCCGGAGAUUCUAACGAGUGGCGGAGCUCUUUUACCGCCGCCGCCUCCUGCGGCGGCGGUGACGGAUUACAUAUACUUCGACGCCUCCGACUCGAUUCCGAAGCUGCACACGGCGGAUUCAAGCUGCUCGGAACACGUGGUUUCGCCGGAGUUCGCGAGUGAGGUGCAGAGCGAGCCAAAGUGGAACGAGUGGGACCAGAAGAAGAACCUCGAGUUUCCCUAUAAUUACGUGGAUGCCACUCUAAACUGUGGGAGCUUCGGGUCCCAAUUCCAGAGCGGUAAUCAGAUGUCGCCGCUGCAGGAUAUCUUCAUGUACCUCUCCAAGCCCUUCUGAAACAGGCACGCUCAUUUUUUGCAGUGGCUGCAUUGCACGGUAGCACGAGACUGGAAGGUCCAUGACUGUGCCUGUGCCGGUGCAUCAUCGAAUUUGAGUCUCUACUAAGUUAAUAAAGUAUUAACCCAUCAUUAAAAUGCUAAUUAAAAAAAUUAAUGGUGUGUUAGUAAUUUAUCAAUUUAGUGUACUCAAAUUUGAUACAUUGUUUAUAUAAGGAUCACAUAUUUAGAUAGGGCAAGAAAAAUGAUAGAAAAGAAUAGAAUUGAAACGGUUGAUGGACGUGUUCAUCCAUAAUCGUGCACCGUCGGAUUUGAUGUGCGGUGCAUGUUGGACUAGUCUCUUUAAGAUUAGCUCGUGUACAGCUUGUAGGAAUGUAAAUUAGCUUGCAUCAAUAGUGAAUAUAUGUAACUAGCACGUGUGACAUGUGGCUAUGUUAUGGAAGGUGCAUCAAUUUGUUAUUUAUAAUAGAUGUAUAAUUUUUAAU